UGUAGUCCAUGACAGCAGAGAGACUAGAGCUGGUGAGAGAGAGGGACUCUUCAGUAUCCCAGCUGGAGGCUUUGACACUGCAGUUACAGCAGGUUACAGACAACUUUACAAUGAUGGAAGGAGAGAAGGAAGACUACAGGGUACUCCUCCAGCAGGCAGACAAGGAAAUAGCUACCUACAAGUCCAAGAUCAAAUUAAGUGAUGAAGAAAAGGAAAAAGAGAAGGCAGCAAUUGAAACAAAGCUCCUAAGGAUUGAAAUCGAGCACUUUAAUCUCCAGAAGGAGUACCAGGCAGCACGAGAUGAGAAGUUGACAUUGGAGGAGCAAGUAGAAAACCUUCAGGACACUAAAAGCUUCAUGGAAGGGCAGGUUGCCACCCUGGAGGAGCAGCUGAAGACCUCCAUGGAGACCUGUAAGGAGAAGGAAGUUGAACUGAAGAGUCUGACCAGCCAAAUGGAGGCUGAGAGGGAGAAGGUAUCUAAGAUGACAGCUCAGUUGGCUACUGGGCAUGAAGUGCAACAAGAACUAGGCCAGGCCCUAGAGGAGAACAGUCGUCUCCAGAACCAGUGCAGUGUCCUGCAGUCCCAGUGUGACGCCCAGGACCAGAAGACCUCCCUGCUGGUGCAGGAACUAGAGACAGCGAAGAAUGCCGUCAGAGAGGCCAAUAAGGAGGCGGAGAGGGACAAGGCAGCCAUUGGGGAUAUGAUGACCAGAAUUCAGGACCAGAAAUCCCAGAUUUCUGAGAACGCAGAAAUCCUGGCAGUGCUGAGGUCAGAGCUGACAGCCAGAGAGAAUGACGUCUAUUUGUUAGAGUGUCAAAAACAAGACACGCAGACAGCGCUGGAGGAAAAGACCAAACAAAUGGAUGAGUUAUCAGCCAAGUUUGUGCUGGAGAAGGAGCAGCUUAGUGCCAUUGAGUCGAUGCUGCGAGAAGAUUUAGAAGUGGUCAGUGAGACAUUAGCUGAGUCUGAAGGUAGUCUGGAAUCUCUUAAGAAAGAGUAUCAAGAGCAAGCUGAAGUCCUUCAGGAGCAGUUGAAUCAGAAGACGGUGGAGAUGGAGGCAAUGAGAGAAGAGCUCCAGUCUCGCCUUGCAGACAUGGUAACCAAGGCUGCCCUGUCCCUGGAAGAGAACAAGAAGUAUUGUACCAUUAUAGAGGAGAAGAAUGAAGAACUUAAUAAAUUGACCAAGUUAUUAGAGACAGCACAAGGUGAAAGUGAUGAUUUGAGGUCCAAGGUGGAAUUAUUACAGGAAAUGGAUGCCAGGAAAACUGAGGAACUGAAUACUGCUAUAGGAAAACUGGAGAUUCUAAAAGAAGAAAAUGCUCUUCCACAAAAUCAAAACAAAGAACUUCUUAACACAGUAGAACAGAAAACGGAAGAAUUGGAAAAGUUGACCAAGUUAUUAGAGACAGCACAAGGUGAUAGUGAUGAGUUGAAGUCAAAGAUGGAAUCAUUACAGGCAGAGGAUGCCAGGAAGACUGAGGAGCUGAAGUCUGCUUUGGAAAAAAUGGAGGCUCUGAAAGAAGAAACUUCACUGCAUCAAAAAGAAAUCAGAGAUCUUGUCGCCACUGUAGAACAGAAGACUGGAGAUGUAGAAAAUUUGACCAAGUUAUUAGAAGAAGCUCAAGGUGACAGAGAUGAUUUGAGGUCUAAGGUAGAAUUAUUACAGGAGGAGGAUGCCAGGAAAACUGAGGAGAUGAAGUCUGCUUUAGAAAAUAUGGAAGCUAUGAAAGUGGAAACUUCACUGCAUCAAAAAGAAAUCAGAGAACUUGUCGCCACUGUAGAAGAGAAGACCAGAGAUAUGGAAAAAUUGACCAAGUUAUUAGAAGAAGCACAAGGUGAUGGUGAUGACUUGAGGUCCAAGGUAGAAUUAUUACAGGAAGAGGAUGCCAGGAAAACUGAGGAGCUGAAGUCUACUUUAGAAAAAAUGGAGACCCUUAGAGAGGAAAAUGCCCGCCUGGUCGGCCACCAGAAUCCAAAACAGAAGAUCCAAUACCACAUGAGCCUGAAAGAUGAGAACAACAGGUUGAUGGAGGAAUUGGUAAAGACAAGAGAUGAACUCACUAGACUAAAAUUAGCACACAAGAAACCGGUGGAAUCCUGCCUAAAAGAAAACGUGCAUCCUACCACUUUUAGAGGAACACCAAAAAAAUCUGUGUCCAGUUGAUAAAUCUAACAAGCUGCUAAAAGUUUUUUGUAAUGAAAGAAAUAUAAUUUACAUGAUAUGACAGAAGCAACCAUUGGGUUUUUUGACAUCAUUCAGUGAUAUGAAUGACAGAAUUGGAUGGAUAUUUCAAUGGAAAAUUAUGACAGGGGCCGAGAAAGCUCAAAAAUGAAUUUUACUUCCAGAAGUGGCAACAAAGUCAAUUUCAACCUCUUGGAUUUUUUAAUCUUUUUUUUUAAAUUAAUGAUUUUAUCAUGGACCAAAAUUACUUUUCUAUUUUAUAUGAAGAAAAAGAGUGAAGGUUUGGAUUUUUUUUAUAAAAUAUUCCCAAAUACAUUGUACAGUGAUAGAAUCUUAAAAUGCUUAUCUUCUGCAAUUCUGAUGUGAAAGGUGAAUUAUUUUUGUGAAUAAUUGUAAAUUCAGAACCAUUUAUUCAGAGCUGUAAAUUUUUAUGUUUUUUUUAAUCACAUACAACAGAUGUACAUCUGAUUGGGGACCUAGCUUAUGGAGUUUGUUGGAGUCAGUAACAUUAUGAAGAUGAAAAAAAUGUGAACUAGAUAAUAGUGAGACGUGAUUGUAUUAUUCAUAGUUGCCAUAUAUUAGUAUGUGCUUGGUAGAAUUUGUCUGAAAAUGUGGUACAAAAUGUGAAAAUGGGCAAUGAUAA